GGAGCUCAGCUGCGAUCUCUCCUCCCCCUCCGUCGCGUUCCUGCUUUCGCUCCGCCCGGGCGAAGGAGGAGCCAUGGGGUCCACGGUGGCCGCCGUCAUGGCUGGGGAAGGAGAGACCCGCGCGGGGGAUGAGGCAGGAAAUGAAACUCCUUUCUGGGAUGAGGACCUACAGUUACCGGUGAGCCAGGGCACCCUCCAGGGGUCACCCUGCCAGAGCUGAAGAAUUGUGCCCACGUCGCCUUUGGCCCAUGGUCAUUGCGUCAAGACUGAUUUCCAGGCCUCAAGAUGGCUGGUCAGACCCUGGAGGACGCUGCUGUUUCCAUCUCCCCUCUUCUUGAGGAGAAACCCAAAAGCAAAGGUCUUUUCCAGCUGGGCUCCCUUUUCCACAACCGGAGCGAAAAGUUUGUCAUCUCCAGGAGCGACAGCGUGCCGGACGAGAACGUGUUGAAGAUCACCAUUACGGAAACCACUGUCAUCGAGUCGGACCUGGGCAUCUGGAACUCCCACGCGCUCAUCUACCUCACCUUGUGGUUCUUCUUCAGCUUUUGCACUCUUUUUCUUAACAAAUAUAUUCUUUCGCUGCUGGAGGGUGAGCCGAGCAUGCUGGGUGCUGUCCAAAUGCUCUCCACCACCUUCAUCGGCUGCGUGAAGAUUUUCGUCCCCUGUUGUCUGUACCAGCACAAAACCCGGCUCACGUACCCUCCCAACUUUAUAAUGAUCAUGCUGUUUGUCGGGCUCAUGAGGUUCGCAACUGUGGUUUUAGGCCUCGUCAGCCUGAAGAACGUUGCUAUUUCUUUUGCCGAGACAGUGAAGAGCUCCGCCCCCAUUUUUACUGUCAUCAUGUCCCGCAUGAUUUUAGGAGAAUACACUGGAUUACUAGUGAAUCUUUCUCUCAUUCCUGUAAUGGGAGGACUCGCUUUGUGUACGGCCACUGAACUGAGUUUCAAUAUCCUUGGAUUCUCCGCUGCUUUGUCCACAAACAUUAUGGACUGCUUGCAAAAUGUUUUCUCAAAAAAACUACUAAGUGGAGACAAAUACCGAUUCUCAGCACCGGAACUUCAGUUCUACACCAGCACGGCUGCUGUGAUCAUGCUUAUUCCGGCAUGGAUAUUUUUUAUGGAUGUGCCCGUCAUUGGGAAAAGCGGACAGAGCUUCCAAUACAAUCAAGAUAUCAUCGUGCUGCUCCUGAUAGACGGAGCCCUCUUUCACCUUCAGAGUGUUACGGCUUAUGCCUUGAUGGGCAAGAUCUCCCCAGUGACUUUUAGUGUCGCCAGCACAGUGAAGCACGCGCUGUCCAUCUGGCUAAGUAUUAUUGUAUUCGGCAACAGAAUCACCAGCCUGUCAGCCAUCGGGAUGGUUCUGGUAACGGUUGGGGUUCUGCUCUACAACAAAGCCAAGCAAUACCAGCAAGAAACUCUCCAGGGCCUCGCAGCUGCAUCGACCCUCCAGGCUCCACAGGGCAAGAACGAAGACACCGAGCCCUUGAUUGCUAAGGACUUACAGCCAUAGGAUUUAGAUGGCCCUUGAUUCACCUCGGUGGAACUCAAGCUUUGGAAAACCACUAUCCCAGCAAUUGGCUGUGCCUGGGGCCUGUUGUACUUGCCGCCCAGAAGUGUGAUGGGGUCAGGGAAGGACAUCUUGCAUUCGAGUAUAAUGGAGGACAAUCUAGGCAGGAGUUGUUUGACAAAUGGACACAGAGCAGAAGAAUUGUGGAGAAGCGAGCUUGACUCUUGCCUCUCUGACAGCAAAAUGCAAACAGGUGGAGGUCUCUUGGUUUGCACCCUCCACCAGUGGUGUGAAAUGCAGAUUUCUCAGUCACACUGCGGGCCCAUUGCAAGACAAGGGAGCAAUCGGACUUUCUCCAUUAAGUACGUGACCCAAAGUGGCAGCGUUUUGGAAGCACUAAGGCAGCGGUCAGCUGUGGUUUGCAUGCUGGCCAGCGUCGACUGUUACUGAGGGUGCAAAAUUCCAAGUUGAUGUCCAGAGCACCUUCUGAAGUCAAACCAGCGAAAGGAAUCCAUUUGUGUGUGUGGGGAGGGGCAGGACACAUUAACCACUAGCUCAUUAUGUGUCACAUCUGCACCCCCUAACCCUGCCCCCCCCCGCACCCAAAUACCCACUUUGAUGGGCCAAAAAUUCACUUUGAUGGAACUGAGACCACUAAUUCUCUGAGCAACGCCCACUGAAGACCUUUAACCCUACACAAGGGAACAUCAGCAAUUUUAAUAGCAGAUUCCCCCGCAUUCCCUAGUUGACUUCAGUGGCCCCUUGAACUGAGGUUUAUAAUGUAUUUUUUAAUAUGAUUAGGCUGUGAGGUACAUCAGAGAACGGGAGGGUGAAUAACUUGAAUUUUUAAAAAAUAUAUAGCUAUAAUGUGUAGGUAUUGCAAUAAAUAACUGACUCUUGGAGAGAUGGGUUAUGACACAGUGGCAGCAAAGUCUUUUCAGUGCUAAGUUUUUCAGUGCUUCCUGUCGUGACGUGAGCAACUGAGGCAUUCUUCCGGGAGAAGAUAUUGCAAAGAGGACUGUGCGGGGCAGAGGUGUUGGUUUAGUUUGUUUUUUAAAAUGGCAGCGGUGUCCUCGCUACCGCUUGGUUUUCAGUUAGCAUGCAAGAUUUUUUAAAGCACGGGAGAUUACAGGUCUGAUCUGGUGGGCCAAGAUCUCUCUCUCAUCCCUGUCUCUUCACCCUGCCCGCAAGGCUAAUUCCCUGACAAAUGGUAAAGCGUCUUAGGUCCCCAAUUAAAAAAAGGUUCUUUUGGCAGUUUGCAGCGCUUGGGGGCUGUAAUUUGCCCACUGCUGAGCUGCUGUGUCUUCAGGUGUUUUGGAGAUCCCACUGAACUUUGCCCAGUUCUCCUUUAGGUGCUGAUGCAAACUGCCAGGCGAGCGGAUCAAGGUAUGUAGAACUGAUGUAUUGAGGUGGAAAGGGGGGGUGGGAUUUGAAGACAGCCCAGACUGGUCCAGUCCUCUGAUUCUGUGGGCUGCUUUAGACACUGCUAGUUUCAAUUUCUUUUUGUCCUUUGACAUUCCAUGAGUCUUUGCCUGAUAUUCCCUCUUCAUGAAGACCAGGAGGCAGGGCUGUGCAUUUGCUGGGUUGAAAAUGAAAUCAAAAUUCUGGGCUGCAAAAAAAAAAUGACUUUUGCAACUCCUGUAAACUGUCUGAAUUGAGGUAAUUUGCAUGAUUGUGCAUAUUAGGCUUUCAGUUCUCAUUGUUUUUCUGUUCUAUUUAUACUCCUUUUGGAGAACAGCAAAGCUCUUUGUCAGACAAGGCGAUCUGCCCUCUAAUUUCAGCCUGGUGAUUCUCCUCUGGCUCCUAAGCAUUCCGCCAGGCUCUCAAACACCUGGGUGCAACCAUAGGACUAGAAAACUAACUUUGUUUAGUUUAAGAUAAAAGCUAAUCUUCUCUGGAAGCUGGAUUUUGCGACCCAGCUCAGAUUCUUGUCACUUUUCUGCAGAAUUGCAAUCUUGCUUGUAUGUCAUUUUAUUCGUUUGCUUUACUUAUUUUGAGCAGUACACUAUUUCACACUCUGACCAUUCUGAAAACGUCCACUUGUGAUCUCAUGUUGUGUAAAGAAAGGGGGUUUCUGUGUCUGAGCUGGAGUACACAAUACUGAGCUGCAGUCCGACUCAAUCUGACUUCAUAUAUUUUAGCAAGCUCUUCUUGCGUUGCAUAUCAAAGCACAAACUAAUGCCAUAGAAUGUAUAUGUAGAUCACAUGAUAUAUUUCAAGGUUGUAGAAGAGGCAUUCCCUCCUUUGCGUGCCUCUUCCAAGAUGGGAGUGCCUCUUCUCAGAUGGCAAUUUUUGGCAGGGGAAACUGUCUGGCUAAAGAUCUGGGGGCAGCUAUCUUCAUAAUUAAUUAAAAGGGAUUUUUAAUAUUGGGUAAUCUGACUGACAGACUGAUGAAAGGCGGCCGCUGUCUUGAUCACAGGGACUCCUGUGGAUGUGGUGACACACGCCUUCUGUAAUAAUUGCAGGCUUUGGUUGGCUGUAGCGAUCGAUAGUGAUGUAACAUUUGACUUGUUCAAAGAAUCGCCUCCUCUGGUGUGACCUGUUACAGUCUUGGGAAAUCCACUGGGAUGUUCUUUUGCCAAGGUGGAAGGCAAUGUAGCAUUAGUCUUUCAGUUAUUCCUUCUUUUCAGCGAAUCCAGGCAUCUAAGUUUGAGAGGCCAUCCAAGGGACAUCUCAGUAUCUUCCUUUACCACUAUUCUUUCAAGAGGAGAGGAGACCCUGCUAAUUCAAACUGUAAAUGACAAUUAAAUGUCAGCAGUAGCCACGCCAUGGCCGUCUUUAAUCAAAGGUCUCAAACUCACAACUGAUUUCCCAGUGUAGGGAGAGCUCCUUAGCUUGGGAAUGCCUCUUGCCCAUUUUUCAAUAAUAACAAACCUUUAUCUCUUUCUGAGGAUACUUGAAGAUAUGCGAAACAGUUUUGCCAGUGGUUCUGUGACGGGGCCAAAACCAUAAAUGUAUUAGGUGCCAAUUUGAGACUGAGAAUGAUCAUACCAAUUUGUCACUCUUGUCUGUUCGUUAUUCCAGUAUUGACUAAACCUCAAAUCUCUGUGAACUUUUGAAACUUAUUUCCAUUUUAAUUGGCUCAAUGCUACUGUGACAUCUUGUUUCAAAUUUCCAUUUGAAUGAUCUUGUGGAGAAUGGAUUGUGUCCUACGUGUAAUGAAAACACCUGAACUACAAACAUACUCAAUGCAAUUUUUUUAAUAAGGAGGGGGAUCUAUUGAGUAAUCCUGUUUUUUUGUGUACUGUAUCUUCUGAGAAUCCUGUUUUGUUAAGAGCCAAUAAAUCAGGUUGAAUGUGUACAGAAA